CACCCAAGCGCAGAUACACGUUACCAACGAUUAGUUAGAGCACACUCAUCGCGGGUGAAGGCGCCAUCUCCGGAGUUUGACUUCACAUUCUCUUUUUCCACGUAACAGUCAGCGAUAACCAGCGUCCCAUUUCGACUGUGCAAACCAAGGUGCACAGCCGAUUGCAACUUGACCCAGCGCUCUCGCACGAAACUUUAUGCAAUCAGGGCUGAUCGAGACUCCAACCAGCGACUUCCACACAGCCAACUCCCAUCUUCCCCAGAAAACCACCGCUCAACAUGGCCCCGGUCGCUCUCGCUCAGGCUUGCCAGCCGCUCGCUCUCCGGCGCGUGGCCGAACGGCGUCGCCGGAUGCCCGGCACUCGGGUGGAGGGGCUGCCUCUGACGACACCGGCCCUGAUGUCGUCGGCCAGCUCGACCAAACCCUUGGACGGUUGAAUGUCGCCGAGGGCAAAUCUGCUGCUGCAGCCACCCGAGUUCCCGUCGCCGGCCAACGCAUCUUCGACUACGAGAAUGCAGCCAUCUCCUCGUCACCCCGCAGCAAGAGCAGCAGUUCCCAUCCGGCCUUGGGCUUCAAGGUCACCCAUGGCACCCCCUCUGCUGGUGUCCAGCUGACAGACUUCCCGAACGAAAUCUUGACUCAGAUCCUGUCCCACCUGCAUCCCGAUUCGCACAGCGCCGUGGCCCUGGUUUCGAAACGCUUCUAUGCCCUCGUCACCACACCAUAUGCAUGGCGGGCCGCCUUCCUGCGCUACUUCGCUGGGCAGGAAUUGUCGGCCGGCCAUGCGAAGGCUAACCAGCAGGCCAGAGAUGCCGAUGUGUCGGACGUCAUCCGAUCCGAGGUCCGCUACUUCACGCGUCUCACUCCUCUUGCCUCCUGGCGCAGCGAAUACCUGCUCCGAACUCGCCUGCUGAGGAGCGUGGUGCGCGGAAAGCCUGGCAGCAUUGGGUCCUCAACUCGCUCCAGCCAAUCAGGGAGGAAGGCCAGCGCUGUGCUCACCUAUAACUCGAAGCUUCCGUGGAUGAUCAGCCAUGUCCAUGCUGACUUCACGGGCGGCAAAAAAGGGCCGAGGGUGAUUCACGGCACUCGGGACCUUGGUGUGGCCACGGUCAGCGACCCGACCACGGGCAGGAUCGAGAAAUGGGGCUUAGACGACCCUUUCUCUUUUCAGCAGCUCGAUGAAGUCUUUCCGAACCUCGAAUUCUACGGAGCCGGCGAAGGCCCCGCAGCUGUGCCUAAUGUCAUGGACGUGAGCCAACCAUUUGGCCUCGUCGGUGGCGAGGGCUUUCCCGGAGGUCGAGUCUACUACAAGACCCCUGGACAGCUGCGUGGACACUAUCUCGGACACAGCCAUAACAUGGUCGAAACAGCGCCAGAGAUUCCGAAGAUCCCCGAACUGACCGAUGCCAUCAGCUGUGUCUGGAUCGCCAAAUCGAAUAACGUGACAUCCACGACGCAGUCGAUGGUUGGAAUCAUGGCUGGGUCUACGCUCGGCGUGGUGACGAGCUACGCUUUGGGCCAUGAGUCCACUGGCUCGCGUUAUGGCGAUGGGGACAUGACGGCCCGCUGGGUUCUCAGCCCUGGAGUUCCUAUCAUCGACAUCAAGGUUGAUGACCAGUACAGCCUGCGGCGGAAGGGUCUCGGGCGAGUCUGGGCUGUCGCACUGAAUGCUUUGGGAGAGGUCUUCUACUUGACCGAACCUCCAGCCCCUCCGCUGCACAAGGGUAAGGUCGAGGAUGCGGUCAAGGAUGCUUGGCAUGUUGGCCGCACGGCAUAUUGGGAACUGAUCGAGCCCACUCGCCGUACGGCCAAGCCGGACGAGUUCGACAAGAAUGCCAUUUCGGGCACAUACUCGCCAAGGUCGUCAGCCAACUCGAUGAACCUGAGCAGGGAGCAGGCCGUUGCGGAGGCCAGGGAAAUUGAGGAGUUCUUCCGCAAGACGCCUGCUCACUUCAAGAAGGUCUGCCAGGGCUGGGAUAUGCUGCGUAGGCUCGAGGUCGACUUUGCCGCCGGUGGUGAAAGUGGUGGCGGAGAGGCCGUCUUCGUAAUCACCUGCGGUACUGAAGAGGGUGAACCUGCCGCUGUCCGCAGAUACGUCAAGGGCGGCAGCUCUAUCAAGUUGAGUCCUUCCGGGGCCUUGACUCCUGUCGCCCCGCUCACUGCCUCUCGCCCGUCAAUCUAUGGAGGAGAGACCGAGGUUGAGGUGAUUGAAGCGGUAUUUCAAGCCAGCAUCAAUGGGGGCGGCGUAUCUCCGUCGCUCUCUGGAAUGACUACUCCUCGGCUCGGAUCGAUCCCGGGAAUGGUCGAGACGGAAGAAUGGCGGACUAGCGAGUUUGUCUUCAAACAGAAGCCGGCCACGGAGAUCACUGCGAGUGCGGUCGACAUGUCCACGUUCGCGAUCAUGGCAGCUUUUGAGGAUCCGUUACUCGCAGAGGCGUCAGGGCCCAACACUCCCAGCACCCCGACGUCCAAGCAUGCUACGGGCGAAAUCCCUGGACGGCGGGCCCGUCUCCUAGCUGUCGGAACAAACACCGGCACCGUCGUCGUCUGGAACAUGCGUGGCACGGGUUCGCCAGCGGUGCACCCCCUGAGAGUCAUACAGACUGAGUCGCCGGAAGUUACUGCCCUUGCCGUGUCGGCGCUGUAUCUCGUUCACGGAGGCAGCGACAGCCUCGUCCAAGCAUGGGAUCCGCUCGCGUCGUCCCUCGAGGCUACCCGAACUCUGAACUCCAGAUCCUCGGGCCGCAUCCCCCGACAUAUUCUGCACCAAAACCCGGCGCUGCAACACGCGAAUUACUUCGCCGUCCGCUCCAUCGUCCUCGACCCAGACGCCACCGUCCUGCGAGGCGUCCUCGCCUUCGGCACCUUCAUCCGCUUCUGGACCUACAGCUCGACCAACCAGGCACCUGGCCGCAAGCGCCGGCUCCGGCACUCGGACAUACACGGCCGGCUCGCCAGCCGCCGCCACAGCGGCACCGUGUCGAGCUACAUCGCCGCCGAGGAGGCGGAGCUGCGCCACGAGCAGGAGCACCGAUCGAGGGAGACCGACCGGCUCCGCAAGCGGUUCGGCGUCGGGCUGGCCGAGCUGACCGAGGAGGAGGCGCUGCAGUAUGCGCGCAUGAUCUCGGAGGAGAGCUUUGCCGUGGACGAGGCGCGCCGCGCCACCACCAGCGCGAGUAGCGAUACCGCAGGCGAAUCGGCGAGUUCUUCGUCGAGUGGGGGGAGUUCGGCUAACCAUGGCGGAGUGGAGACUGCCACGCCUGAGCUGAGUUGGAUGGGAAGAGGGGUGAGCGAUGGGGUCGCCGGGCCGAGUGCUCAGCGGCGUAGUCUGCUGCCAGUCUUGAGGGAGGAGGAGGCGGUGGACGAGGAGUAUGAGGCGCAGAUUCAGAGGGCUAUUCGGCUGUCGCUUUUGGAAGGGGUUGGCGAUGCCGGGAUGGAGGCGGAGCUGUCGGCGCCUGCGUCUGCCUCUGCCCCUGCGUCUUCGUGGAGUAAUAAUGUCUGUGAGUAUGGGGUGAAGGUGCAGGUGAAGACUGCGAAGGGCAAGGGGAAGGGGCGGCGGCUGUCCUCUGAAGCAACUGCCGGUAGUUCUUUUGGGUUUGGUGGACUUCCCUCGGGCUAUGUCGUCGCGUCAGAGGUUGGUGCUACCCCUGAUCUUGGGGUCAGCGCUGAUGAUGAUUUGGCGCUUGCGCUGCGGUUGAGCUUGGAGGAGGAGGAGGCGAGGCAGAGGAGGGCCAGGGAUCAGGAGGCGCGGGGCAAUGCCAAUGGCGUUGUGGAUGAGUACCCGUCGCUGGAUGGGAAGGGGAAGGGGAAGGGGAAGUUGGCUUGAGAUUGGGGAGUGUGGUUGGUUGAUUUGUUGAGUGCAGAGCAGCGAGUUGGGUGUCUUAGUCUUGUUGUUUUUCUUUCGUGCCUUGGUAGAUGGUUUUGCUGUCUUCUUUGGGCUUACACCUAUGUGCUGUUUCUCUUUCCUGACUUUGUGCUUGCAGUAAUCAAUAUUGAAAUGAACAGAGUUGGUAUUGCUUGAUUCCUGGUAGCUCAUGUCCUCCCUCAACAUCAACGAAGCAGCAGCG